CUGGCGCGGCUGCAGGGCCGCGAGUUCGAGUUCCUCAUGCGGCAGCCCGCCGUCACCAUAGGCCGCAACUCGUCGCAGGGCUCCGUGGACGUCAACAUGGGCCACUCGAGCUUCAUCUCGCGGCGGCACCUGCAGCUCAGCUUCCAGGAGCCGCACUUCUACCUGCGCUGCCUCGGCAAGAACGGCGUGUUCGUGGACGGCGCCUUCCAGCGGCGCGGCGGCCCGGCCCUGCAGCUCCCGCCGCAGUGCACUUUUCGAUUCCCUAGCACGGUUAUAAAAAUCCAGUUCACAUCUUUAUACCAUAAAGAAGAAGUAAAAGAGGAAGCUUCAUCGCCUCCCCUUCGGCCGCUUUACCCUCAGAUAUCGCCUCUGAAGAUCCACAUUCCGGAGCCGGAUCUCCGGAGCGUCGUCAGUCCCCUCCCGUCCCCCACUGGCACUAUCAGUGUUCCCAACUCUUGCCCGGCCAGUCCACGUGGUGCUGGAUCCUCAGGAUAUCGUUUUGUUCACAACAUUACCUCGGAUCUGCAGCUGGCAGCAGAAUACGCCGCAAAAGCAGCAUCGGAACAGCAGGCAGAUGCAUCUGGCGGGGACAGCCCAAAGGAUGAGUCCAAACCACCGUACUCUUACGCUCAGCUAAUUGUGCAGGCUAUAUCUUCAGCACAGGACAGACAGUUAACACUAAGUGGGAUCUAUGCCCACAUUACCAAGCAUUAUCCGUAUUACAGGACUGCUGACAAAGGCUGGCAGAAUUCCAUUCGACACAACCUCUCCUUGAACCGCUACUUCAUUAAAGUCCCACGCUCUCAGGAGGAGCCGGGAAAAGGCUCCUUCUGGCGAAUUGACCCUGCCUCUGAAGCCAAACUGGUAGAGCAGGCGUUCAGAAAACGAAGGCAAAGAGGAGUGUCCUGCUUCCGAACACCUUUUGGGCCUCUCUCCUCCAGGAGCGCUCCAGCCUCCCCUACUCACCCUGGCCUGCUGUCCCCUCACUCUAGUGGCCUCCAGACUCCAGAGUGCCUGUCGCGGGAGGGCUCGCCCAUUCCACACGAUCACGACUUUGGGUCAAAGUUAGCUUCGGUUCCAGAGUAUCGGUAUUCACAGAGUGCACCUGGAUCUCCAGUCAGUGCCCAGCCAGUGAUUAUGGCCGUUCCCCCCCGGCCGUCAGCUCUGGUGGCAAAGCCUGUCGCCUACAUGCCAGCAUCGAUAGUGACUUCUCAACAGCCUUCGUGUCACGCAAUUCACGUAGUUCAACAAGCUCCCACUGUUACAAUGGUCCGGGUUGUGACCUCCUCGGCAAACUCUGCCAACGGAUACAUCCUCACGAAUCAGGGCACAGCAGGAGGAGCCCAUGAAGCUGCGGGAGCAGUGUUGGACUUAGCUGGUGACCCCCGAGGCAUGGAUGAAAAACCAACGAUUGCGUUUGCCACGAUACCCACGGCCAGCCGCGUGAUUCAGACGGUCGCCAGCCAAAUGGCACAGGCCAUUCCAGGACAGACGGUCACCAUCCUUCAGCAGGCAGCUCCAGUGACCAUCGGGCAGCAUCAGCUGCCCGUGCGAGCGGUCACCCAGAACGGGAAACACGCCGUGCCCACCAACAGCAUCGCCGGCAGUACUUACGCUCUCACAAACCCACUGCAGCUUCUUGCAGCACAGGCCAGCUCGUCCACUCCUGUUGUAGUCGGCCGGGUGUGCGAGACGGGGACCGAAGAGCCAGCAGCAGCCUCGGCCAGUGAACCCGAAGUCAAAAGAGCGCGGAUAGAAGAGCCCAGCGGAGCAGUCCCUGCCCAAACUGGUGUCAUCACAUCUGCAAUGCCACAAGGACAGGCAACCACUGAAUGAAGAACCGGUGGGAAGAGCUGGCAUGGUGCGGGGUGGGCAUGGGAUGGCAGCAGCCCCUAAAGCAGCUUUCAGAGAAAACAAGGCACAGCUGUAACAGCUCGAAACAUAGAGAAUAAAACGCUCUUUUUAAAGCCAGAUUUUUUUAAAAUGGGAGGUCAACAGCUGUUAUAAUCACAAGGUGCCAAAAAGAAUGAAAAACUCCUCCCAAGAACCCAUAUCUGGAACUCUGUUCUGUCUUUACCUAUGGGAUAUUUUUCCUCUUUUUUUUUAAGAUUCAAAAAAAUAUACAGACAACUGAUUGUAAGACUGCUGGAUGUUUUUUUAAACUGUCUUUUCCCCUUUGGGCUCCAAGGGGAUGGGAUUUGCAGUUCAGCAUCUAAAGGAAUGUAACACAGAUACAGUCUGCUCCCUGGAAGGAAAACUCCUGAUUUUUUUAUGCCUUAAUACUCAGCUUCUCAGAGCUUUGAAAUGUAGGACCAUUUAAAAGGGCCACCUAAGGCAAUCAAAUGCUGAAAGAUGGGUGCAGUAUCUCACAACAGCAGCAUUAAAGAAACAUGGUACCAAGCAUAAAGAAAAAGGCAGAAUGGUGUUUUUUUUUUUUUAAUAGAAAAAUUCUGAAUAUGAAUGAAUGUUUAUUUAUGUGGGGAUUCAGGAGGAAGAGUUGCACAGCUCGACCCCCUGGAUUUCCGAAUGCAAUUUCUCUCCGUUCCCUCUGAGGGAGAAAAAGGUAACAGAGGAACUGUAUUAAUUUGGUUCCUAAAAAGAAAUUAAAAACAAAGGGUUUUGUACCUUCAGUGUUUUCUUACAGUUAUUCAUCGUUUGUUCUGGACUUCAGCCAAAGUAUCCCGAUGACUGAGGGGCACGUGGGGCCGGGCGUCUCUGAAAUGUUCUGGGUCUAUCCUGUUUUCUUUGAGCACACUCAGUACCAGAGCACGAGCUAGGAUUUGCUCAGAGUAGCACUGGAGAAUGAGGACGUUGUCUCUGUGAACCUAAGAAAAUACCAGUUGGUCCUGUGCACUCAAGGAUUCUGCUUUCAUCUCUGCUAGAGACAUGGUCCCCUGGCUUGAAAACUCUGUGGGCUGUGGUUGUCCCUGUCCCUCUGCCCUGGGGUGGCAGCUGGGCUCUGCUGCACUGCGAGGAGGGAGGGGAAGUGCUGGGCUGCGAGACAGCAGAGCACACGGGUGGUAUUUAAUACAAAUUCUGUAGGGGCAGAAACCGAGCACAGAGACCUUUGGUUUUCUGUGAGGGCAAAGUCAUUUUCUUCAGCUGUAUUCCAGGCCCUGUGUGUAGGACAUCUCAGAAGUCAGGCAGACCUGAGUCACUUGAAGCACGUGGCCAAGCAGGUGUGUGUCACAUGCCGUGUGACUGGCAGAGAAACCAGCCUCUCCUUAGCCUCCAGGUAACCCCUUUGGUUUGACACAUUUGAUCCCUUUGGCUAACUCCUGUUCUGGCUGCACAGCAGGUAUCCUUUAGCCUGGAGAACUUCAUGGUUUUGGUGAUGCCUCCUCCAUCUUUACUGACUUACGGUGGAGUUAUGGGUCUCUUGUCCCCUCUGGCAGUGCUGCUCCCGAGCAGAGAGAGCAGCAGAGAGCUCUGGUGAACCACUGGUUUGAGGUGGAUGCUGCUGUAGAUCCAGACGUACCUCUGAAGCAACCCUGAAGCAGAGAUGAGCUUUACUGAAAGAGAAGAUUCCUUGGUUUUCCUGUAUGUUGGGCAAGUCAGCGCAGGAUGAGCAACCAGCAGAAGGCUGUUCAGGACAUGAAACUGGCCAAGUGGGGAUUUUUUGCAUCCCUUCCACCCAUGCAUUUCUUUUUUCUUUGGAAAAGCAAAUAAUUAGGCAAAUAAUUAGCACCACAGAAAAGCACCAGCUGACUCCUGAUGCUUUCAGAGACUAGUUGCUACCUUAUAGAUCUGGUGCAUAAGCCUGGUGCUUAAACUGCGAGUUAAUGUUAAACAAGUAUCUUUAACCUGUUCACCCAGUUUGCUUGGGGUACCUGGAGUUGUCAAUUCAUUUGA